UAGUUACUAAGCGCUCAAUGAGCGUUUUGUUUUCUGAACGCAACCACUGUCUUCUCUUUACAUGUUACCAUGGUUACCACUGAAUUUAAAACAUAAACAAAAUAUAUUGAUCUUAUUGCUAUCUAUUCCACAAGUUUUUUCGUGUCGAAACCGAUUUCCUCUAAAAUAAGCAGCAGUUAUUUUUAAUGAACAAUAUCUAUGUCUGUUUUCAUUUGUUACGUUAAUUGAUUAAGUAAUUCGUUUUCUUAAGCGUUCAUUCAUGAAGUGAAGUACUGAAUUUUCUUUCCACUAAUAUUCUUAAAAUAGACAGUGUGAAGUUAUUAUUUGAAAUUUAAUAGAGAACUAAUGUCAAAAUUUAUUUAUGAUGAGACUUAAGAUAUCUGUACAAGGUAAUAAUGAGCACAAAAGUUUGCUCACUUGUGUUGCGUGGAGUUCAGCAGAAGAAAUUUAUUCGUGUGGGGAGGAUCACUUAUUGAUAUCUUGGCAUUUAGAAGGUGGUAUUGCACAUGCUAGUGUUGUAACACAAUUUCCAAAUGAUUUCUAUCCUACAGAUAUGCAAUGCCAUCCAUGUCUUAAUCAUACUGUAUUUAUUGCCAAGAAAUCAUCUCUGGAUGUUUUACUAAUUACUACAGCUGAUGGAAAAUAUCACUUAGUCAAUAAAAAUGGUCGUAUUGAAAAAAGUGUUGAAGCUCACAAAGGUGCAACAACAGUAGGUAAAUGGAGCAAUGAUGGUUCUGCGUUGUUAACAGCAGGUGAAGAUGGAUUGAUCAAAAUCUGGUCUCGUAGUGGUAUGUUGCGAUCAACUUUAGUGCGAACUAAUUUCCCAAUAUUAACAUCAACCUGGAGUCCUGAUUGUUCAACAAUUUUAUAUUCUCAAGGAUCAAAUUUGCUUCUCCAGCCACUCAAUUCCAAUUCGAAACUACGCAAGUGGUAUGCACAUGACAAUCUUAUUUUGGUUGUUUGUUGGAGUCAAACAAAUGGACUUAUAGUUUCUGGUGGUGAAGAUUGUAAAUAUAAGAUAUGGGAUGCUAAUAGUAAUCAGUUGUAUAGCAGUAGCAUCGGUGAUCAUCCUGUGACAGCAAUUAGCUGGUGUUAUUCUUCUGGUAACUACUUUGCGGUUGGAUCCUUCAAUACUGUCAAACUCUGUGAUAAAAAUGGGUGGACACAUUCUAUGGAAAAAUUGAAUACUGGGAGCAUAUAUAGCAUAGCUUGGUCCAACGAUAGUACUCAAGUGGCUAUGGUGUGCAGUAAUGGAAAACUAUUAACUGGACAUGUGAUAGAUAAAAGAUUAGAAUGGGAUAAUUACGAAGUAACGUUAGUGAAGAAAAAGGUAAUCGAAGUUAGAGAAGUUGGUAAUGAAGUUCGUGAAGUAUUGGAAAUCUCUGAUCGUGUAGUGCAUCUCGAAUUCGGUUUCGGACAUCUAGUCGUCAUUACACCCGCUCAGUGUCACGUAUAUUCUGUGACAAAUUGGAAUACUCCUGCAAUAUUUAACUUGAAAAGUAGUACUCUCUCUGCCGUACUUCUUGCGGAAAAACAUUUUUUGAUUGUGGAAUGGAAUACUGUGUCAUUAUAUAGUUAUCAAGGUCGUUUACUGGGUAUUCCCAAGUGGAAAGGAUUUACUCAGGAACCUCUUUAUCCUCCUUGCAUAUCAUUAUCUUCAGACACUUUGGUCAUAAGGGAUCAGAAUAACAUGAAAUUACUUCAUAUUUUGGAAAUAGCUAACAAUAAAUCUAUAACAGAAGGUCAAACGUAUUCACACUUACAAAACGUGACACAGGUGGCGUUAAGUCAUAUUGGUGGCAUAAACGAUCGACAAUUGGCACUGAUAGAUGUUAACAAAGAUCUCUUUUUACUUGCAAUAAAAACUUCGGGAUUUGGGAGAGUCUGUAAAAUAGCUGCGAUGGCACAAAAUAUCGCUUGGGCGACCGAUGCAAACGUCCUGGCUGCCAUGUUGGACACAACUUUGUCUGUAUGGCUAUGUCCUAAUUGCGUUCAUUACAGUGAUCGUAAAGUGAUACGACAAACAAGAAUUGAUAAGGAAAGCAGCGAAUUUGGGAAACAUCCUAGCAUCGUGAGCGUCCGUAACGGUCUUAUCAUGGUGAAACGCGGAGAUGGUGCUAUUGUUGCUUCCUCUUUUUACACUCUGUUCACGAAUUUACACCAACAUGUAUUGAACAAAAGAUUAAAGGAAGCGCUUUCUCUGUGUCGUAUAGCUCAGAACGAAAUAUUGUGGACUUGCAUGGCUGUUAUAGCAACUGAUAAUAAGGAAUUGGAUGCGGCGGAAGAAGCUUAUGCAGCUAUCGGUAGAUACGACAAGGUGGAUUAUAUCAGAUAUAUAAAAAGUUUAUCCAAUGCUACAGAAAAAUAUGCAGAAAUGGCAUUGUUAGCUGGUGAUUUGUUAGCGGCAGAAGGUAUAUUAUUACAAAAUGGUUUGAUUAAAGAAGCUAUACGUAUUAACACUGAGGUCUAUAAUUGGAAUAGAGCUUUGGAAUUAGCAAUGAGACACAAAAGACAACUUGAAGAAGUUUUAGAUGCAAGAGAAAAGUAUUUGCAUACCAUCGACAAGAAAGAAACUAAUCCAAGUUUUCUCACACAUAUUGUAAAAUCACAAUCGACGAAUGAAGUAAAUUAAUCUCAACCGAAAAAUUAUGAUAUGUAUGUUACAAUACUUUCAUAUUAUUAAAAAGAUAUAUUUAUUUUAAAGAAAUAACGAGAAAGAAUUUAAAACCAAAGACAACACUACAUAAAAUAACGUCGAAUAAAAAUCCGCAUUAUUGAUUA